AUGGAAACGCUUACUCGAUCUUUAGAGCUCAGUCCGGAAAAUAGACUCACCUCUCGUGCACGUAGACCAAUGGGGAUGUCGUUGGGAUCCGCUUUCCCAUGA